AUGUCCAACACAGAUUCAGACAGCUUUGUCAAUAUAUCUUCCUUUCUCGGUUCGGGCAGCGACAUCUCUAAAGACCAGAUGAAGACGGAUGUUGUCUCACCUUCCACGUCUCACGGACACAAUGAAGAGCAGCUCACAGACCUUCCUAACGAAUGGAAAGUUCCCUCAGAUCCCCGCCUUCGGGGCUGGUUCACCUUCUGCGGCUUGUUUCUCAGACAGCCUGAUCUGGAGGAAUUGUGGCAGGAGGUGAGAAAGGCGAAUGGCUGGAAGAAGUAUAACCAGCGCUUGCGCGAUGCGGUGAUGUGGAUCCAAGAGGGCCAUGUUUUAUUACGCGCUGAUAUGCAUGUCGAUCCAGUUCUCCUGCAUGGAGUGUGUUACAGUGCGUCGUUCAAGUUCACCAGCGCGAUGAUGGAGGCAAUUGAGGAUGCCAAACAGAAGGGCGAGCAAGUAUCCAAGCUGAUGGGAUUAGAGGUCCUGUGUCACGUCGGUUGCUUUCGCAUGAUACGGUUUUCUCUCGCCUACUCUUCAGCGUUUCUCGCGGGUGGUCUCUGUAUGGUUGCUCUGGGGGUGAAUGGAUUUAUAGCCACUGGGGUGGCCAUCACGGUCGGCAUACUCUCAGACGCGACUUUUAUGAAGAAACGAGCCAAGGAUAAGGUCGUAUCGACGACCGAUGGCUUUGGUACUCCUCCGGACGAAAUCGAUGUUGAUCUCUGA